AUGUUUCGCUUGCCUAACCUCUCUCGUAGAGCUCUGAAGCCAUAUGUGGCUGAGUUUCUUGGAACAGCCCUGCUGAUUGUCAUUGGAGACGGCGUGGUCGCACAAUGCCUCCUGUCCGACUACCAGUAUGGCACCUGGCUGUCGAUUAACAUCGCAUGGGCAGCUGCUGUCUGUCUGUCGGGAUAUCUUUCCGAUCCCAGUCCUGCCAUCAAUCCGGCUGUCACUAUUGCCAUGGCUCUCAUUCGUCCUUCUCGCGGACAGUGGAAAAAGCUGCCAGGAACGCUGUUUGCCCAGUUCUUCGGUGGCUUUGUCGGUGCCGCCAUUGUCUAUAUCAACUACCGAUCGGCCAUCAAGGCCUGGGAUCCCGAGUACACCAUCCCCGGUGGCUCAAUUCUGAGUCCAAAGGGACACCACUCCGCUGGUAUCUUCUCGACGUAUCCGUCCGACUUUUUCACCUCCAACUGGGAGGCUGCAUUCUCUGAAUGGCUCGGAUCAGCGGUUCUCAUGUUCGGCGCCCUCAGCAUCGCAGACCCGAUCAAUAAGUCUCGGUUCCACUCUUCCCAGCUCUCCAUGUUUCUCCUCCUGCUUGCUAUCGGUGCUGCGUUGGGCUGGCAGACUGGAUAUGCCAUCAACCCCGCGAGAGACUUUGGUCCACGACUUUUCUCUGCUAUCGUCUAUGGUAGAGAGGUCUUCAUUUCCGAUAACUACUACUUCAUCGUUCCUAUCAUCGCCCCGAUUGUUGGCUGCAUCGUCGGUGCUGUAGUCUACGAUGGUCUUCUCUACGAGGGAGACGGAUCUCGCGUUACUGAUGCUCUCGACAAGGCUGAGGAUCGCGAUGGAUCUCUCCGAUUGGAUUGA